AUGGCUAUGCUAAUAACAAAGACUUUACUAAGAGAAACCAACACCUACAGUCACAGGCAUCAUCAGUAUUUCUGCUGUGUUGAACAGGACCUGCAGGACCUCGGAAGAGACCCUCCAGCAAACUGCUCUGCUGGACCAAUUGGGGAUGACUUGUUUCAUUGGCAGUCGACCAUUAUGGGUCCAGCUGAUUCUCCAUUCCAAGGAGGAGUUUUCUUUCUCACAAUCCACUUCCCCACCGACUACCCAGUCAAGCCACCACUUGUAUCAUUUACAACAAAGAUUUAUCACCCAAAUAUUAACAGCAAUGGCAGUAUUUGUUUGGACAUUCUCCGUUCAGAAUGGUCUCCAGCACUAACAAUUUCUGGAGUUUUAUUGUCCAUAUGUGCAUUGUUGCGGGAUCCAAACCCAGACGAUCCCUUAGUUCCAGACAUAGCUCGAAUCUACAAGACCGACAACAAAAAAUUCAACGAAAUGGCAAAAGAAUGGACCCGCAAGUAUGCCAUGUAAAGAAAAUAAUAACAUCCAAGAGAAGAGGAAGAACAUGCUGAAUUUUUUUGCAUCUUGUUACAGAUGAAGCUGAGUGAAAGAAUGUACUGUUGCAAUUCCUCUAAAAAUGGAAGCAAUUACAAGUCAUUUAAUAUGGUGUUCUUCAUCUUGUAUUAUUAUUAUUAUGGGUAUUAUUAUUAUUAAAAUCAUCGGGAACUAUCUAACAGUUUAAUUAUUUUCAAUUAGAGUCAUCACAAAAUAAAUCUUACAAACUGUACUCUUUUUUUUUUUUCUUUCCCUGGGAGAAGCUGUGACAUUAGCUUUUUGUUGGAUUUACACAGGUACAUAGAUCAGAUUUUGAACCCAGUCAAACGUGUUCCUAAGGGUUGAACAUGCUCUUCUGUUCAUAUCCAUCUGUGCUAUAGAAAGGGUAAAAAAAUCCUGUUUCUGUUCUUGUGUAAACAGUCUGUCACUUGUAUCUGACGCCCCUGUGGCACCUUUUGUACUGAUUAAAGGAUGGGACUGUU